CCUCUGCUCUCCGCGACUCCCAGGAGCCCGGUUGCCUGCACCAGAGGCGGGAGCAGCCUGCUCCGCACCCAAGGCUCCAUUUCAACUUCUGCCAUCCAGCCGGGAUCAUCUCAGCUGCAGGAGAGCAGCAAAUGGCCACAACACAUCCAUCUCAGGAGCCCGUGAGCUUUGCGGAGGUGGCCGUGUAUUUCAGCAGGGAGGAGUGGGCGCUGCUGGACCCUGCGCAGCGAGCGCUGUACCGGGACGUGAUGCUGGAGACGUACCAGUGCGUGGCCUCGCUGGCGCGACUUCCAGUCUCCAAACCUAUGGUGAUCUCCCUGCUUGAAGGAGGGCAAGAGCCCUGGAUCCCAGAUGUGCGUAGCCCUGAGGCCGUGCCAGGAGACCUCAGCCCAGGAACUGGGAUUGCAGAUGUACUGGAGGACCUGGAGGAAAGUGGUGUGGCUGAAAGGCGGUGGGGUGGUGUCUGUGUGGAAGAAAUCAGAAGGGAUGUCCAAGGAGGCCUGGAGCAAGGUCAGGGUGAGCACAUCAUGGAGCCACUGGGAAAGGGUCUGGGAAAGACAGGAUACAGCCCACAACAUUUCAGUGUAGGUCAAAAGGAGCCUGAAGAACCCAGGAGCAAGGAUGUGUGCCAGAAGAAAAAGCAGAAUCCAUGCACUGAGUGUGAAAAUGGCUUUGAAAAAGAUUCCAGCAUCAUUAACCACCAGUGCAUUCGCUCAUCAAUGAGCCCAAGCAAGUCCUCUGGGUGUGCAAAGAGCUUCAAGAGCUGUUCUGCAUUGAAGCUGCACAAGCGCAGACACACAGGACAGAGGCCAUUUCAGUGUCCUGAGUGUGGGAAGAGCUUCAGAAGCAGUUCUGAAUUGCAGCUGCACCAGCGCUUCCACACAGGGAAGAGACCCUAUGAGUGCUCUGAGUGUGGGAAGACCUUCACAAUCAGUUCUAAUUUGAAGAGGCACCAGCGCAUCCACACAGGGGAGAGACUCUACAAAUGUCCUGAGUGUGAGAAGAGCUUCAGAAGCAGUUCUGAAUUGAAGUCGCACCAUCGCAUCCACGCAGGUGAAAAACCCUACAAGUGCUCUGAGUGUGGGAAGAGCUUCACAAUCAGUUCUGAUUUAAACAGGCACCGUCUCAUCCACACAGGGGAGAGACCCUACAAGUGCUCUGAGUGUGAGAAGAGCUUCAGAAGUAGUUCUGAAUUAAAGUCGCACCACCUCAUCCACACAGUUGAAAAACCGUACAAGUGCUCUGAGUGUGGGAAGGGCUUCAAGAGGUGUUUUGAAUUGAAGCUGCACGAGCGCAUACACACAGGAGAGAAACCAUUUCAGUGUCCUGAGUGUGGGAAGAGCUUCACAAACCAUUCUGAUUUAAAGAGGCACCAACGCAUCCACACAGGGGAGAAACCUUACAAAUGUCCUGAGUGUGGGAGGAGCUUCAGAAGCAGUUCCCACCUAACCUACCACAAGCGCUUUCACACAGGAGAGAGACCCUAUAAGUGUCCUGAGUGUGGGAAGAGCUUCAAAAGCAGUUCUGAAUUGAAGCACCACAAGGGCAUCCACACAGGAGAGAGACCUUUUCGGUGUCCUGAGUGUGAGAAGAGCUAUAAAAGAAGGUCUAAUCUCAACACCCACAAGCACAUCCACAGUGCAUGCAGGCUGUAAAGAAUCACAAGAUACGGGGAGCCUUCAAAAGCAGUUCCAGCCUCAUUACCUACCAGCACAGACACACAAGAUACAGAGCCUGCAGAGCUCCAAAGGUAGGAAGAGCUACAGCCAGAGCCACAGCAUGAUGACCACCUGUGGCUUUGUGUGUUGAUGAACCUUACAAAUCUCUUGAGUAGAGGAAGAGCUCUGCGGCCAAACUCAAUCCUCUUUCUCCUUCAUUGCAUGAGAAUUAUGCAUAUUGCUGUCCUCCAGCUGGAGUUUCUGUGUUGAGUGGCCAUGCAAAGGAGAAUCCGGAGUGGGAUGUGUCACAGCCAUAUAUGGGAAGAGCUUUUGCCAGGGGCUCCUCUCAGAGCAAUGACCCUAGAAAUGCCUGCAUGGCAGGAAGAGCUCAUCCUGAGCUCAGUCGUCAUUAAACAUUGUCCAGUCUGUGUGAUAAAGAGGCCCUGCAAGUGUCUGGUGCAGGAAGUUUCUCUCUGGGCUGGCACCUCCUUUCUCAUGUGGAAACCCCCUACAGAGAGACCUUAAGAAUUUUGGUGAGCGCAAGGAUGAGGGAGACCCAGAUGCUUCUCCCCACACUGGAGGAGUUUGCAAAGGAGAUGGCAUCACUGGCACCCUCUGCAGAAUGGAUUUAACCCAGGAGCUUCAGAUGGCCUCUCCUUGCUACCCAAAUCCUGCUUUCCUCUUCUGCUCUUCCUGCCAGCAGCUUUUUGAUGCCGUUUCCUAAGGAGAGGAGUCUGUGUAGGGAUGUUCUGUGUGUCUGUGUGCAUGUGUUGCUCUCAGUAAUUUGUGAGUGCACUGAUGAAUCUGAGAGAAGGGUCAGGAGAGCAGUAACGUGGCUCUUGGAGGUUUUCUGAGAAUCAUCUGUAGAGGAAAGGGAAGGGGGUGA